GAGCCAUUUUAAAUGGCACCAUAUUCAGGGAGCCCAUUUUGAUUGACUCUAUCCCGCGUCUGAUUCCGAACUGGAAAGAGCCCAUUAUCGUUGGGAGACACGGAUUUGGCGAUCAGGUUUGGCUGUCCAGCGUUCAUCGGCCUGGAAAAAUCGAGCUUGUGUAUACUGCUCACUCUGGCCGUGAAGAAAGAUUGGAAGUGUGCAAUUUGGCGUCCUCUGCCGACACGCAAACAGCCGUGGCCAUGGCCAUGUUUAACACGACAGAGAGCAUCACGGGAUUUGCGCACAGUUGCUUCCAGUAUGCACUGUUGAAAAAAUACCCGCUGUUUUUAUCGACAAAAAAUACGAUUCUGAAAGUCUAUGAUAAUGCCUUCAAGUCCGUGUUUGAGACGCUGUAUCACGCCAAAUAUAAGGCCCUGUUUGACGCAAAGGGGAUAUCCUUCGAGCAUAGGCUUAUUGAUGACAUGGUUGCCCAGUGUGUCAAGGGGAGCGGUGGCUUUCUUUGGGCUUGCAAGAACUACGAUGGAGACGUGCAGUCUGAUAUCGUUGCUCAGGGAUUCGGAUCGCUAGGCUUGAUGUCAUCCGUCCUAUAUGAUCCCACCGGCGAUAUCUGCGAAUCUGAAGCUGCACAUGGCACCGUUACUCGCCAUUAUCGCGAGCACAUGAAGGGAAGGGAGACAAGCACAAAUAGCGUUGCAAGUAUCUUUGCUUGGACGCGGGGGCUUUCCCAUCGAGCUAAACUGGAUUCAAACGAAGAAUUGGCUGCCUUUUGCAAUGCCCUCGAAAAGGCUACCAUCGACACCAUCCAAGUUGACCGCAAAAUGACCAAGGACCUGGCCAUCUGUAUUCAUGGGAAUACCGUCUCCACCAAUCAAUAUUGCAAUACUUGGGAAUUCAUCGAUAGCGUUGCUGCCAGGCUCAGAGCGGUCUGCGAAUGGACCUCUUCCCAUCUUUAA